CACUAACCAUUCUUAUAACAUUCAAUUACAAUUCAGAACCCACCAUCUAGAUGAACAUGGAUGUGGAAACACUGAUCAGCUGGGACACAGAGUUUAGUGCUGACUCAGUGGAGUGGUGUCCAGUAGACAUGUUCCAACACGUGUUAGUGUGUGGCACGUACCAACUGGUGGAAGGAGAAGGACAGCCAAGGACCUCUCGACAGGGGCGGCUUCAUCUUCUUGCUGUUGUAAAAGAACAGAUGAUAGAGAGGCUAGAAUCUCUUGACAUGCCUGCAGUGCUGGACUGUAAGUGGGCACCAGAAGUGGUGAGAGGUAGAGUUCUGCUGGCUGUAGCUAAUGCUGUAGGAGAAGUUUGCCUCUUUAGGUUGACACAGAACACAGAGCUAGAGAUUCCCAGAGAAAGACUGGUGCAUGAAACGAAGAUGGUUUCUGCCAAAGCGCGAAGACAGCCAAGAACUGUUGGCCUUGUCACUGGAUUGGUCAACUGCUGGAGGAGAUGUGAAGAUUGGA